UCCAAUGGCCAUGAGAACAUUUUGACAGCCUCUACCCCGGCUCCAAUCGUGAGACGCAGCACGGUCAGCAAUAUCAGAAAUAGGAUUUUCAAUCAUGUAUGGACCGUCCUUCUUUGUGUGCUACUCUUGCCGAAAAUGGCCACGGCGUCAUUUUCGCUCGUCAAAUUCCUAGAGGGCACUGUCUCGGCUGAAAGCUAUCCAGGCCCGUCGUCUUCGUAUCUUCGCACUCGCGACGGACGAAAGCACCGCUACCUAGCUGUACUUGAACAAGAUAAAGUGUCUCGAGAUGAAGUUCAGAGGCAGGAACCGAGCUGGAGGGGGGGGUCGGGGAGGGCGAUCGAUGAGCGGGAUAUUCACAGGGGAGGGGAGCGUGAGGAGCGCGAUGAGUGGCUCGAGCAAUGUUUCGCGGUCCUUGCUCGCCAUCCCGACGCCUCAGCCCUUUGUCACAGCCUCGCGCGCCCUCGAGCCGCCCACUCCGCACUCGAUGCGUCGAUGGAGAGCACCGACAUCGGUGCCUCUGGCCCUCCUCGGUCACACUUCUCCUCCAGAGCCCUCCACGCCACCAUCCAGGACAGCAACGGAUUCGCCACUUUUCAAACCCCCUCGAGCUGGAUCCACCUAGGGCUCGCCUUCGCGUGUGUGAUGGCUGCGGCCAUCGCCAGCGGGCUUACUAUCGGACUCAUGUCCAUCGAACCGCUCGAGCUUGAGAUCAAGGAGCGGAUCGGAACGGUGGAGGAGCGCAGCCAGGCCCACCGCCUCCUCCCCCUCCUGAACCGCCGGCACCUCCUCCUUGUCACCCUCCUCCUCUUCAACGCCGCAGCCGCCGAGGCUCUUCCCCUCUUCCUUGAUGCUCUGGUGCCAGGCUACAUUGCUGUUAUCCUCUCGGUUACCGCUGUCCUCUUUUUCGGGGAAAUUUUCCCCUCGGCCAUCUUCAUGGGUCCGAACCAGCUCAAGCUCGGCUCUCGCAUGACCCCAGUGGUCUGGUGCCUCAUCUGCUUCUUCUUCCCCAUCGCCUGCCCCAUUGCCUGGUGCUUGGACAGGUUCCUCGGCGACGAGCACGGGCACGGAAAGCGCUACUCUCGGGAGGAGCUCUCAGCCCUGAUGGAGAUCCACCUCAAGCAAAGACGGGGAGGGAAGAACGGCGACAAGGCGGACGAGGCGCAGGCAACCCCAGGCGCUACUCCCUCCCUCGUGCCCUCCUCCUCCCUCGCACUCGCCCCGGCGGGAAAGCGGACGCCGGCCUUGCUCUCUCUCCACACCGCCUCCUCCUUCCCGCCCUCCGCCCUCGCCUCCCACGCUCUCCUGGCCAACGCCUCGCCCCUCUCCCCCCCCGAAGUCAGACUCGAGGAGGAUGCACAGGAGGGGGUUAAGAAAGGCCGACGAACGAAGAAAGGGAAAAAGCACAACCAAGGGCAGUCCUCGCACUCCCCGGGGCCGGUCCCGCCCGCCGCGGGCGCCUUCGCCCCCCCCGCUCCCCACUCCACCCUCCUCUCCAAGCGCGAG